AUUACAUCUGAUUUAGAUUGUGCUGUUAUUUCCACGCAGAAGUUACUACGUACGCGUGAAUACUCGAGUUUUGUUGGCUGGUACCAAUUUCUGUGUUUGUGAAAUCGUAGUUGCGCUGAGAUAUGAAAAAGACUUGGGAUGGUUUACUUCUGGUCUGUUUUUGCCUAGGAGCUUUCAGUUUCGAGUAUGGAGAUGAUGAAAAAGAACCCAUUUUCCUCACCGCUACAGUUGGGGGUUGGGUACUCUUGAGCUGCGAUAUAGAUUUUCCUGAUAGUAUGCCUAUACCUUUCAAAUUAUAUUGGAACAAAGAUCAACGAACAAUAUUUACAUAUCACAAAGGCGUUAUAACCUCCAAUGAACCAUAUGUGGGACGUCUUAAUCUAGUAGAACUUCCACAUCGUAGAUAUGACAUAGUUACUGUAAAUCUAACAUCUAUUAGGGAAUCAGAUGAUGGAUGGUUCCAGUGUAAAGUGACCUUUCCCAACCGUACGCCUAGUAAGAGGAAUAAGAAUGGCACUUGGUUUCACCUUUCAGUGAAUGGAGGAAACUUGCUCGAAGUUCCUCCCAUAAAUCAAACUGUGAUAGAAGGAGAAGAAGCUCGAUUGACUUGUUUACCGAAAGAUAGCGAAAUGAAAGUAAUAUGGUAUAAGGAUGGAAUACCCAUAAAAGAUUUUCCCGAUAUGGGCCACAGAUCAUGGACUGAAUCGGAUGGAACGCUAGUUAUAAGACCGACAAGUAUGGAGGAUUAUGGUGAAUAUGAAUGUGAAGUUAUCCACGGAACAGGGGAUAGGCAAGCAGCAAGAGCCUUCCUUGAUAUACAAUACAAGGCGAAAGUAAUUUUUGCACCCCCAGAAAUACACCUGCCAUACGGCCGACAAGCAAUAAUCGACUGCCAUGUGAAGGCUAAUCCGCCUCUCAAUAACCUGAAUUGGGAAAAAGAUGGGUUUCUUUACGAUCCUUACAACAUACCAGGGGUUUUCUACAAGAAAAAUGGUAGUUUAUUGAUUAGCAAAGUAGAUGACAGCCACAAUGGUCAAUAUACUUGUACGCCAUUCAACAAACUUGGUACCCAAGGUCCAUCGCCACCAAUGCAGGUUAUAGUCCAAAAACCACCAGUAUUUUUAUCACGCCCGAAUAAUAUGUAUAUAAAGAAAUUGGGAGAACCAAUAAAUAUACCUUGCACCGCUAAAGAUGGACAGAAUGGACAUAAACCAACAGUUAUUUGGUACAAGAAAGAUGGAACAUCCCUACCUAUGGGGAGAUCGGAAAUAAAAAAUGGAAACUUAUCCAUCUAUAAUCUCCAAGAAGAGGACAGAGGACUAUACGUCUGUUCGGUUACCAACAAAGCUUCGACGAUCACUGCAGAAACAGAACUACUUGUUGAAACAAUUCCAUCAAGUGCACCUCAUAACUUGACCGGUAUAAGUACAGCUCAUAGCGUAUACCUGAGAUGGUCGGCUGGGCGUCAAAGGGUGAAUGUAAAUUAUAGCAUUUGGUACAAACCGGUGGAAAAUAAGGAAUGGAAGACCUACGAUGUACCACCAUCUUCAUAUCUCGAUGCUACUAUCGAAAAUUUGGAUCCAGGCCGGGAAUACGAGUUUAUGGUCCUCUGCAGGGAUGAAUUUCGUGAAGGUUUAUUCAGCAAGGCGAUACGUUUGUGGACGAAAAAAUCUGAUGGAGAAGAAAUCCCGAGUUCUCCUGAUAAUUCAUUUCUACCUCCAGUUGGAUUUCCAAGAAAUGUAACUGUAACACCUGCUUAUAAAGGUUUUCAGGUUUCUUGGUUGCCACCAGAAUAUGGAUUGGAGCAUUUGAAAUUCUACGUUGUGAGAUGUACACAGGGUGUCGAGGAAUAUCCCUUGUUAUCUUAUGAGACCAGAAAUAAUUCCCAUAUCAUUACCGAUUUGCCGGAAGGGAGUCAGUAUGGAAUUCAAAUAAUAGCAGUCUCCCACGAUGACCAACAGGCUAUUAGCGAGAAGGUGGCCAUAAAUAUUCCAGAAUACAGAAAAGUACAAGCAAUUUCCACCGGUAUUAUUGCUGGCUUAGCUUUACUGGUUAUAGUCUUUUCAGUAAUCUACUACCUUAAAUCCAGAUGGUGGAAACAAAAACGAAAGGAACAGAUGCUUGAAAAAAACGGAAAAAUUAUUGUACGCUAGGAACAAAAAAGUACAACACCGUGGAUCCUGAAAAAUUAGGAGAUAUCUGGAAAUUUAUUUAUAUUCAUAAAAUAAUAAUAAAUCAUGUCCAUAAAGAAACAUUUGAAAUA